AUGCCUUUUGCGCAAUUGGUGAUAGGCCCACCAGGCUCGGGAAAGUCGACGUACUGCGAUGGCAUGCAACAGUUCAUGAGCGCGAUUGAGCGCAAAUGCUCAGUUGUCAACCUCGAUCCUGCGAAUGAUCACACUGCGUACGAGCCCGCCGUAGAUGUUCGCGACCUGGUGACAAUAGACGAGAUCAUGGAGCAAGAAGCACUCGGGCCUAAUGGAGGAGUGCUCUUCGCACUUGAAGAGCUCGAACACAACUUUGACUGGCUGGAGGAGAGCUUGAAGGAACUCGGAGACGAAUAUAUCCUGUUUGAUUGCCCUGGUCAAGUCGAGCUCUUCACACAUCACGGCUCACUGCGGAACAUCUUCUUCCGCCUUCAAAAACUGGGGUAUCGACUUGUCGUCGUACACUUGACUGACUCCAUCAUACUCUCACGACCUUCCCUAUAUGUCUCGUCGUUGCUCCUCGCUCUGCGCAGCAUGCUGCAGAUGGACCUCCCACAUCUCAACGUUCUUACCAAGAUCGAUAACUUGCGCAAUUACCCUAAUCUACCUUUUAACCUAGACUUCUACACCGAAGUACAGGACCUGCAUUAUCUGCUACCAUAUUUGAACCGCGAGCAAACAUCUGGCAUCCCAGGGCCGACGACAGCUAGCAAAAACACCGACGAGAUCAUGAAGGACGCCGAUGACGAGGAACCGACAUCAAAGUUCUCGGCGCUGAACAAGGCCAUUGUGGAGCUAGUGGAAGACUUUGCGCUUGUGGGAUUCGAGACACUCGCAGUCGAGGAUAAGAAGAGCAUGAUGACUCUCCUUCGGGCAAUUGAUCGAGCGGGCGGCUUUGCGAUGGGAGGAGUGGAGGGCGUCAACGACACAGUUUGGCAGAUGGCGAUGCAAGAGACCGGCGCUACGAUGGACGCUCGAGAUGUACAAGAGCGAUGGCUGGACAGACGGGAUGAGCUGGAUGAGGAAGAGCGAAAGGCCUGGGAAGAGGAGUCGAAGGAAUUGCGCGGCCCACCUCUACCAGAACCACGGAAGUGGCCUGAGGAUGCGCCACGUAGAUCGCAACCUCCAGACAAACCGAAGGACAAGGAUGGUGAUGACGAUAUGGAUGAUCUAGAGGAGAUGCGUCAAUUCAUGGAGAAGAAAAAGAAGGAAGACGGGAUCAACAUUGUGAGGAAGUGA